GCUAGUUCAAGCAUCACCAUCCACACCCCAAGAGAAGUAAUCAUGAAUUCAUUUAGUUUCGUCUUGUUUGCGGCGUUGGCGACUGCAGCAGUUUAUGCUGGUGACGUAAGUGGCGGUGGAUACGAGGAGGAAACUCAUGCAUCUGGUGGUUAUUCUGAAGAGCAUCACGAUAUUCCAACUAAUACUGUGGAGUACACCAAACCGGUGCACGUACCAGUGAUAAAGAAGAUCGGUAUUCCCGUUCCACAUCCGGUGGGAGUACCAGUACCUCAGAUUAUUAAAGUCCCGGUACCACAACCGUACCCAGUCCACAUUCCGGUACCACAACCGAUCGCUGUGCCAAUCUACAAGUUGGUGCCACAAGAAAUCGAGAAGAAAGUCCCGAUUGUUGUCGAGAGACCAGCUCCAUACCACGUAGAGAAGCCGUACAAAAUCGAAAUUGAAAAGCAUUUCCCAGUUUACAUACCAAAACCUUACCCAGUACAUGUACCAGUCUUCAAGCAUGUUUACCACCAUGUUCCAAAGCACGGAGGAAGCAGCGGAGGUCAUGGCCAUCACUGAAUUUAAGAUACUUAUGACAGAAAUCGAAGUAUCUUUAGUCACAAAUGUGAAC